GUGACUUGGUGCUGGGUGAGAGAGAGAGAGAGACUCCGCAGACUCACACACACUCACACACACACUCAUACACACGCACACUAAGCGUUUCUCGCCAGCUCUGCUGUGUCUUCACUAACGGGACAAGUUUCGGAGCUCCGGGUUUCUCUGUGUGAACGGCCCGGGCUGAGGACGUUCGCUGCUGAAAGGAUGGUGAUGACGAUGACGGGAGGAGGCCACAGCCGGAAGUGCAGCCCCCGCUAGAGAAAUACACCCCCCCUAAUUUAACCCCUUCCACCGUCACCCACUGCUGCCGACCUGCCCCCCUGCCCCGCCGGCAUCAUGGCCAACCACCUGGAGCUGAUCCAGGAGCUGCAGCAGCUGGACAAGGUGCCCAGUCUGGAGAGGCUGCGGGCGGCCCAGAAGCGCCGCACGCAGCAGCUGAAGAGGUGGGCCGUGUACGAGAAGGAGAUGCAGAACAAGAAGCGGAAGGCGGACAAGAGGGGACGCAACGCCAACAACCUCCAGCAAACAGAGUCCAAGAGGCACGUGUCGUUCGCCGCCAGCGUGGCGCUCCUGGAGGCGUCGGCCAGGAAUGAUCCAGAUGAAGUGCGUUACCUGCUGAAGAACAAUGUGAGUCCAGACCUCUGCAAUGAAGAUGGUCUCACCGCUCUGCAUCAGUGUUGUAUAGAUAACUAUGAGGAGAUGGUGAAGAUCCUGCUGGACCGAGGAGCCAGCGUUAACGCUCAGGACAAUGAGCUGUGGACGCCGCUGCACGCCGCCGCCACCUGCGGCCACGCAGGGCUGGUCAAGAUACUCAUCUCACACGGCGCAGAUCUGCUGGCGGUCAACUCUGAUGGGAACAUGCCCUAUGACCUGUGUGAAGACGACCCGACACUGGACAUCAUUGAGACGGCCAUGGCCAACAGAGGCAUCACCCAGGAGAUGAUCAACGAGACGCGAGCGUCGACGGAGAGGAGGAUGCUGGGAGACAUUCAGGAACUGCUGAGACAGGGAGAGGAGGUCAACCAGCAGGACUCUCAGGGAGCCACACUGCUCCACAUCGCAGCAGCUAACGGCUACGUGCAGGCUGCAGAGCUGCUGCUGGAGGGGGGAGCUCGCAUGGACCUGAGAGAUUCAGAUGGAUGGCAGCCUCUUCACGCUGCAGCGUGCUGGGGUCAGAUGCAUGUGGCGGAGCUGUUGGUGUCUCACGGAGCCAGUCUCAACGCCAAGACCUUCCUGGAGGAGACUCCUAUCGAUCUGUGCGAGGAUGAGGAGUUCAGGGCCAUCCUGCUGGAUCUGAAACACAAACACGACAUUAUCAUGAAGUCACAGCUCAAACACAAGACCUCACUGUGCAGGCGAACGUCCAGCGCAGGCAGCCGUGGAAAAGUGGUGCGACGAGCCAGUUUGUCAGACAGACACAACCUGUGUCGUAAAGAGUACGAGACGGAGGCCAUCGUGUGGAGGGGAGGGAGGGAGGAGGAGGACGAGAAGGAGAAGGAGUCUGAUCAGGAGAAUAGCCAAGUGGUUAAUGUCAGGCCAGCUGUAGCUGUGGAGCUGCCAGACAAGGCCAAGCUGCCCACCAUCCUCAAAGAUGGCAGCAGCAAACAGAACGGCCUCAUCUCCACGACAGCGUCCGUGCCGCCGCAGCCGACGCCCUCCAAUGGCAACACGCCAUCGUCCGAUAAGGGUGGGGUCGUCACCACCCAGCCCACCCAGGAGGAACCUGGCCCGAGAGAGCGCCCUCAGACCCUGUCGGAGCUGAAGAAACAGAGGGCCGCCGCCAAGCUGUUGAAUCACCCCUUGUUUAACGGUCACCUAGGCAACGGCUCCACAGACUCCUUCACCGAUGCCAAAACCAACAGCGAGGACCCCCGCAUGCCACUGGUCUCCUCCAACGGCAGCGCGGUUUACUACACGCCGGCCAGCGGCGACCCGCCCCUCCUCAAACUCAAACAGCCAAUAGAGGAGGAGCAGCCGAAGGUGCGGACCUGCUGCUGCGUGUCGUAGCGCCGCGGCGGCGUGAGGCGUUUGCACAGAGAGGGGAGGGGGGCAAGCAAUGUGCUGGAAAGAAGGAGGGAGUGUUCUGUCUUUAACAUCCUGCUCCUCCACCUGUUUGAAACUUCUUCCAGAGGAGAUGGAGAGAAGAAGAGAGAGGGUCCAGAAACGUUUCCUCUCCUCUCCCCGUCACUGACUCCUGCUACAACUGGAGAAACCUUCCCCCAAACAGAAGCAUGUUUCAGGUGUAGCAGGGAGGAGGAGAGGAACUGAGCAGCGGUUCCCUCCAGACAUCACUCGGAUUAAAAUUCCUUUUCAUACAUGGAGUCUCUUUACAAGACAAGAGUGUAAGAUGCUGUUUCUCUGUCCCUGUGCACCUUUAAAAAUCAAAGUGUGGACAGUUGUUUUUUUAAGCUUUUCACCUGGAUAGGGUCAAACAUUUGAGUCAGGAGAGAGGAGACGUUCUCAAGGUACUGCAUGUUCUGCCCUCAGAUGAAGAAGAAGGAUUUUUUUAGCUUACCAGUGGAUGGCUGUCUUUAAACGACAUUUCCUUCAUCGAACCACGAUGUCCUGCUUUUACACCAUAUUCAAAAUGUGCAGGAAGGACAUCCCACAGCACUCCAGAUGUAUUGUGUUACAUCGUGUUUUUACAACAUAUCAGAAAGAGCUAAACGUAGCAAAAAGAGAUCCAAGGCAUCUCCUCUGAGGUCUCCCUCAUAUUGAAAUGCUGCCUGCAGGAAGUAAAGGGAAGGAACGCCAUAAAACAGUGUUAAAAUAUUCAGGAAGUGUACUUCUAUCACGAGAGAUAACAGGAAAGAGUAUAGUACUGCACCUGUGUCUGAAACUGUCACUAUAUUCUGUCGACUGCUUCACCUCACCGUCCUCUCAUAUCAAACCUUUAACUGACAGGUCAUGCUCUGUUUUAUGCAUAAUCCACUGUUCUCACUCGUACAGAUCAUUUUAAGCAUGGUUGAAAUUUACUGUGCAUUUCUUUAUUUAUGAAAUUAAUGUAAUGUGUAAAAAAAGAAAAAAGCAUAUUAUGCUUCCUAAAGUUGAGUGUAUUUAUUAUUUGGAUGGUGUGUGGAGAGUGUGAAUGAAAUAUGAGAUGAGCUGGAGAAUCUUCCAGCAAAGCACCUUCUGACAUGGAGAAUCAAACCGACAAAGUGAAGUUAGGGUUACUGUCUGUUGUAUGUACAUGUUAUUAAAACACAAACAAGCCAUCUCACAGGGAUGGAGUCAUAUUUGUGUCACUACAAAUAACAGUGUUAUUUGUUUAUGUUUGUUUGUUUGUUUCCUGGUGGCCAUUGUGUGGCUUUGUCUGCUCCCAGUCCCUGUUUUAGUCUCAUUAACACAAACUGUAAAUGUUAUGUAAUGAAUUACUGUAAGUAUAGUAGGAGUUUUCUGAGGAUGCACGCAGACUCUGCUGGCCUCAGUUGUUGUUCUCAUUAAUCCACACUUGGAUUUGUAGCCCUCAGUGUUCUGUCAGGUCCUUUAACGUAUCAUGGUUUAACAAAUACACACCUGCCAGACAAAAACAAGUUCAGCCUUUUUUCCAAGAGUCAAAGUUAAAUGAGACAAUUGAUGCCGCUCUCAUGUCUGUAUAAUAGAUAUGUAGCAGGAGCGGGCAGCUGGUUAGCUUAGCAUAAAUACUGAGCUCAACGUGCUACAACGUACAAAAACACACAAAUUAAAAAAGCAACACAUGGUCUUCAGAUACACUCAACACAACCAAAUAAACACUCUGCAGGAGGCACAGAUGACAACAGAAGGAUGAAUGGCUGAGCUCAGCUGGGUGAUGCUUUUGUCACCGCAGGAAACAGCGAGCCUGGUUCUGUCCAAACGUAACUGAAAUCCACCCACCAACACCUCUAACGCUCACUAAUCAACAGGUUACAUCUUGUUUGCUUAAUCCUUUUGGUUUAUGGGGCCAGACUGUUUCCUGGAGACCAGAGGCAGUCCAGCACUACACUUUGGUUUUUGCACAGAUGAAACAACAUGUUACUCAGAAAGCGUUAGAUGUUGGAUUUGUUCAGAGCCAGGCUACAUAUUACAAGUCUUACUGCUAAGCUAACAGACUGCUAGCUCCAAGAGACAAAUAUGAGAAAUGGUAUCGAUCUCCUCAUCAAACUCUCAACAAAUAAGCAGUUCUCCAAAAAUGUCAAACUAUUCCUUUAAUCUGAUAACAGCUCCUCUCGUCUCCUUGUGAGUGCCAAAGAGUCUUCCUUGAUUUAAAAAAAACAACCUAAAAGGACAUUUGAAAACUUUGGGGAAACGUCGUCUUUGUUUCUGAUGGCCAACCCCGUCAAACAUGUGAUUACCCAGAAUGCCACUAACACUUUAUCCCCCAUUACUUUGACUGUACAGUGUCAUAUAUUUGUACAGAUAUGUUUGUAAAUACGUUUGUAUAAGUAUCCUUAUCUGUUCCCAUGAACUGCAUCUACAUGUCUGUGUUGUUACUGUUGAUGAACAUAUAGGAAAAUACCCACAUGAACAGUGUUAGCAGAUCAGACUGUGAGACUAGGCCCCUGCUCGGAGUUUCCAGCAGUCGAACAUCUGUCUGGAAAGUUUCCUCCCUGCUGUUCAGUGAACUGUGUCUGAACGGUGGAAUUUUUCUGUGCAAUUUUUCUGCAAAGGUCAGUUUUUAAAUGCUGUGCUCUCCAAAGAAGCAGUUUGUUUUUCAACUCCAUUUAAGGAAGUAUAAAUUAAGUCAAAGAAGAUCGCAAUUUCCCCCUGGUUUUGGUUCCUUGUUUUGUAUCCAAGGCAGUGACAUAAUGUUGUUGUGACUCAGCUGAAAUUCACUCAGUCACUCUGCUACAGUUGCUGCAAUCAACUGAAUUAACUUUAAAACUACUUCCUUAGUAGUAAAACUCAAGCGAAACUGAACUUUAAUUCUGAACUACGACCUGGUCAGUUUUAGCCAGAAAGGGACGAGUCACCUGUGUUCUCAUGGUAUCUAUAAAUCAAGGCUUGUGUUGGACUGCGGGCCUCACUGUCUAUAAGGAUAAGAUUAUAAAGAAGAACAACUACUGAUUUUGUAAUUACUGGAAUAUAUUGAUGGUUGCAUUAACAUAUUUUGAAUAAAUUGUAUAUUUUGAGAAUUUUA